AUGAAGCUUCCUCUCACACCAAUUGCUGAUUUAAAAUCAGAUCCAGAGAACAAAGUGUACAAGAUUGAAGCUCGAAUUAGCCGUCUUUGGCGAUUUCCAAACAAUGGCAAUUCUGGGAAUGAUGGUGGAGUUGAUUUAAUACUUGUGGAUGAUAAGGGAGAUCGUAUACAAGCGUGUAUUAGAGGAGGAAAGUUAAUAGCCAAGUUCCAGAAGGAACUCGAAGAAGGAAAUUGCUGUAUUCCAAACCACUCCCUGCGUUUCAAUUUUAUCUCUUUUGAUGAGCUGCUCUCUCAGGCUCAUGACGAAAGAGUCUUCGUCGAUAUAAUUGGCGAGAUGAUUGGAAUGAAUGAUCUUAAGGAAAUUACAGCACAAAAUCAGCCCUGUAAACUAUUGAAUCUCCAACUCAGGAGCAUUGGGAACGUGAGAGAAGAGGAGAGAGGCGAUCUGGGCAGAUUUGAGAUUUUCUUGGACGAAUCUGCAUCGAUUUGUUGUUGUUCUUCGCUCCUUCCGUCUCCUUUCCCUGUUCCUAGCCAAAUCAAGAGGCCGUGGAGGCCGGGGCCGAGGAUUGUGGACUUCGGCGGAUUCGGGAGAGAGUGUGGGCCUAGUGUGGCGAUUGCGUCGGUGACCCAGUCGGUAUCCGUGGCGAGUGAGGCCAGUGUGGAUGCGAGUGUUGGUUUGGGAGCGGGGGCUGCUCCGGGUUGGGGUGGUGCUCCGGCUCAGGGUCUUGAUGACUUAGUGGUGGGUUUGCUGACGCAGUUAUUGGCUCGUUUUCCGCCAGUGGUUCCACAGGGGGCUCCGGGAGUACCUCCAGUGGCAGAGGUGCAGCAGAGGGCUGCGGGUUUGUUCAGCCGCAGGCUGUGGGUUUGA